AUGGCCGCCCCGGCCCCGGCCGCCCUCUCCUCGCUCCGCUCCGGCCCCGGCCGCGCCGCCCCGGCCGCCCUCGCCCCGCCCCGCUCCCGACCGCGCUGCCCUCGCCUCUGCUCCGGCCAUGGCCGCGCCGCCCCGGCCGCCCUCGCCUCGCCCCGCCCCGGCCCCGGCCGCCCUCGCCUCGCCCCGCCCCGGCCCUGGCCGCCCCUCGCCCUCGCCCCGCCCCGCUCCCGACCGCGCCGCCCUCGCCCCGCCCCCGGCCGCCCUCGCUCCGGCCAGCCCCGCCCCGCUCCGGCCGUACUCGCUCCGCCCCCGGCCGUGCUCGCGCCGGCCCCGGCGGCGCUCGCCCAGCCCCGCCCCGGCUGCAGUUCGCCGGAAUUUAGCCGGAUUCCGGCGCGGCAAAUCGCGAAACGAACAGGAGAAGAACAUCCAGAGGCUGUCGCAGCUCGCAACUCGGCCGGGUGA